AGAAGAAAGAGUAAGAAAUUUGAAAGAAAAUUUUCUUCCUCUUUUUCUUAAUAAUCUUGAACAAUCACAGACUUCCUUUCUCUCUCAACUUUUUCUCUACCUAAAAGCUCUCUCUCUCUUGCCCACCUUCUUAAUCCGAACUUUGUGGCUGAGGUUUUAGAUUUGUGAUGGAAAAUGGGGUUGAGAUUGUUGAUGCUUUGCACCAUGGAGAGACUAAAUUUGUGGAAGAUGGUGUAGAUGAAAGAGUUGUAGUUGGUUCUUGUGAAUCUAAGGUUACUGAAAAGGAAGAUGGGAAAGAGCAUUUGAUAGAGCAGAGUUCAAAAUAUGGUUCUGUGAAUGGAGAUGUUGCUGAAGAAGAAGUCUAUGGUUUUGAAUCUGGAUUAGUUUCUGAUCAUUUUAAUGGUGCCCGCGAUGAAGAGAAGUUUGAAGAGGCGAUACAGGCUUCUCGUGGAGUGAAUGAAAACACGGCGGUGGAGAAAGAUGUGAUUUCGGGAAAGGAGAAGGAGGACUUGGGUGGUAAUUUGGUUGACAAUGUAGCUGUGGCUACUAAUGUUGAUGAGAGAGGAAUUGAAGAGGAAGUAGUGAGUUCGGAUUUGAAUGAGUCGAAUUUUAGUAGAGAUGAUUCGGGAAAGGAAACAUUGGAGAACGGUGCUAGUCCAGAGGUUGGAGUGUUGAAGGGUGAGGAUCGGGAUGAUUCGACAUUUGGUUCUAUGAGUAUGAAGUCUGAAAAGGAAGACAACUUGGUGAAUAAGACUGCUGAUAUGGUAGAGGGGACGAAGCUGGAUUCUACUAGCGAGAUUCGAACUGAAAAUGGCAAUGGUGUGGAAUUGAAGAAGAAGAGCUUAGGUAUGGAGUCGACAGACCAUGAUGAGAAGACCGACGAGCCGUUAAAUGCACCUGCUGUCCUUGAUUUGGACUAUCAAGAUAAUAUGAAUGGUGAGCUAAAGGAUGAUUCUCCUAAUGCAGAUCUAGAACUGCCGGGCCAUGGGAAUGAAGAAAUGAAUAAGGCUUCAGCUGGUAUCGAUCUUAACGAGGAUAAUAACGAUGAAGAAAGCUCUUCGACGUGCAUGACUACCACGAAUCAGGAUCACAGGAUUGAGGAAGUGAAAGAUGCUUCUACUGGGAAAGACUCAGACGAGCAGUCUGCAGAAUCUCGUGAAUUGAAUGGUACUACUUCUGUCAAUGAACAUAAACCUGUGGGUGAAAUUAGAAUUUCGAUGGAGACGGUUAAGGAUAUCUCGGCCUCUGAGAAGAUAGCUGAUGAGAAAAUUGAGGAGAUACAGGGUGGUGAAAGUGAUGUGACUGUGAAGGAAAGCAUUAUGUCUGGACGUCAGCGUCCUGCUGAUAGUUCCAAUACUGGCCCCGACAUUGGAGGGGUCGAAAAGACAGAGAGGAAAGAUAAGGUUGGGCAGGACAAAACUCAAGUGAACAGGAACCCAGAAAUUCAGCCUGCAUCAAUCAUUGCUUCAUCAUCUGGAAAGUCUACAAAUCCCUCUCCUCCAGCCCGUCCAGCUGGUCUUGGGCGUGCUGCUCCAUUAUUGGAACCUACCCCUCGGGUGGUGCAGCCGCCUCGAGUUAAUGGUACUGUAUCUCAUGUUCAAAUGCAACAAAUUGAUGAUCAUGUUAAUGGGAAUGCCGAGGAAAAUGAUGAUACUCGUGAGCAACUCCAGAUGAUAAGAGUGAAAUUCUUGCGUCUUGCACACAGGCUUGGGCAAACUCCGCACAAUGUUGUUGUGGCACAAGUUCUAUACCGUCUUGGAUUAGCUGAGCAACUUCGAGGAAGAAAUGGUGGUCGGGUUGGCGCCUUUAGCUUUGACCGUGCUAGUGCCAUGGCAGAGCAGCUGGAGGCAGCUGGGCAGGAACCACUUGAUUUCACUUGUACGAUCAUGGUUCUUGGAAAGACGGGCGUGGGUAAAAGCGCUACCAUCAACUCCAUAUUCGAUGAAGUUAAAUUCAGUACUGAUGCUUUUCAAAUGGGCACAAAAAAGGUUCAAGAUGUGUUGGGAACUGUGCAGGGGAUCAAAGUGCGAGUCAUCGACACUCCUGGCCUUCUUUCUUCUUGGUCAGACCAGCGCCAAAACGAGAAGAUCCUUCUUUCUGUUAAGCGCUUUAUAAAGAAGACGCCUCCAGAUAUUGUUUUGUACCUUGAUCGGUUGGACAUGCAAUGCCGGGAUUCGAGUGACAUGCCUCUCUUGCGUACAAUUACUGAAAUAUUUGGACCUUCAAUAUGGUUCAAUGCAAUUGUGGUUCUUACUCAUGCAGCAUCUGCUCCACCUGAUGGUCCAAAUGGUACUGCUUCUAGUUAUGAUAUGUUCGUCACGCAGCGAUCUCAUGUUGUACAGCAAGCUAUACGCCAGGCUGCAGGCGAUAUGCGCCUUAUGAAUCCGGUCUCGUUAGUGGAGAAUCACUCUGCUUGCAGAACAAACAGAGCUGGGCAAAGGGUAUUGCCAAAUGGUCAGGUUUGGAAACCUCAUCUGUUAUUGCUCUCGUUUGCAUCCAAGAUUCUGGCCGAAGCUAACACUCUUUUGAAGUUGCAAGAUAGUCCUCCCGGAAGGCAAUUUGCUCCUCGGUCGAAGUCACCUCCUUUACCGUUCCUUCUCUCCUCCCUUCUUCAAUCCAGACCUCAAGUGAAACUGCCAGAAGAACAGUUUGCUGAUGAUGAUGGUCUUGAGGAUGACCUUGAUGAAUCGUCAGAUUCCGAAAAUGAAUCUGAAUAUGAUGAAUUGCCACCUUUUAAACGAUUAACGAACGCACAGAUGGCAAAGCUCUCCAAAGAACAGAAAAAUGCCUACUUUGACGAGUUGGAAUACAGGGAAAAACUUUUUAUGAAGAAGCAACUGAAAGAAGAGAAAAUGAGAAGGAAGAUCAUGAAGAAAAUGGCUGCAGAGGCAAAACGUCAACCCAGCGACUAUAGUGAAAACGUAGAAGAAGAUAGCGGUGCUGCGGCAUCCGUUCCAGUUCCCAUGCCCGAUUUGGCAUUACCUGCUUCCUUUGAUUCUGAUAAUCCCACUCAUCGGUAUCGUUAUCUUGAUUCCUCUAACCAGUGGCUAAUUAGGCCCGUACUCGAAACACAUGGAUGGGAUCACGAUGUUGGUUAUGAAGGCAUAAACGCAGAGAAGUUGUUUGUCGUAAAAGACGCAAUACCCAUCUCUUUUAGUGGUCAAGUUACAAAGGAUAAGAAGGAUGCAAAUGUUCAAAUAGAGAUGAACAGUUCAAUAAAGCAUGGGGAAACUAAAUCAUCCUCCAUUGGUUUUGAUAUGCAAACUGUUGGGAAGGAUUUGGCCUAUACGCUACGAGGUGAGACGACGUUCAUUAAUUUUAGGAAGAACAAAGCAAUUGCUGGUCUAUCAAUUGCUGUAUUAGGCGACGCCUUAUCUGCAGGAUUCAAAGUUGAGGACAAAUUGAUUGCUAAUAAGCGAUUUCGUUUAGUUGUGACCGGGGGUGCAAUGACUGGCAGGGGAGAUGUAGCUUAUGGUGGCAGUCUGGAAGCUCAAUUGAGAGAUAAAGAUUAUCCUUUGGGUCGUUCACUUUCAACUCUCGGGCUUUCGGUCAUGGAUUGGCACGGAGAUCUUGCUAUCGGUUGCAACGUACAAUCUCAAGUUCCUGUUGGACGAUCUACAAACCUGAUUACUCGUGUGAAUUUGAAUAACAGGGGAGCAGGGCAAGUCAGCUUUCGGUUAAACAGCUCCGAACAGCUUCAGAUCGCUAUUGUUGGUCUCCUUCCUCUACUCAGAAAGCUUCUGGGUAGUUAUCAACAGUGGCAGUAUGGACAAUGAUGGAAUUUAGGUUACAGUUGCAGCUGAAUUUUUGCAAUAUAGGUAUAAUAACGAUGGCGAUUGGACGUCUCAUACCGGUUAGCUUCAAAUGCAAGUGAUUCUAAGCUUUGCUCCUUCCUUCUUUCCACCCCCACAAGCUUUCUUCUUCUUCUGUAGUGCUUUUAGGCAUCGUUGUUAGAUAUCAUAUUUGGUAAUUUUGUUCUCAUUGAGCUGCUGAUCAUGUUGUGUUUCUUGUUAAAUUAAGUUAUGCUUUUAUGCAAGAUGUAUUCCUUUUUUCCCUUGCAAUCCUCUUACCGUCGUUCUAUUUACUGUGCUCGUAUCCAGCGUAUACAAAGAUGAAACGAUGAAACCGAUUAAACCCA